AUGGCCGAUCCUUCAGCUCCAGUUCCUACGCUCACUGUUUCACAGACACUAUAUGCCACAGACCUGAUAUUUGUGCUAUCUCUAUGGAUUGGCAAGAUUUCGGUGGCCCUCCUGUUCGUCCGCCUAGCCAACUCGUCGAAGAAGACAAGACCCGGCUGGAUCCUCACAGGUCUCACGGUGGUGUUCGGCUUUAUCUCGUUUCUAUUGAUUGCGAUCCGACCACCCACUAGUCACCCAUGGCGAUAUGACGAAGUAACGGCAUCUUCGGCAUUGGCCAGAUGGAUAGUCAAUGGGGUUUUGAGCAUUAUCGUCGACCUAAUCGUAUGCGGCAUGUCCUGUUAUCUGGUCUGGGACUUGCAGAUGAACUUUCAAUCGAAGUCGCUCGUCGUCACCGCUUUCGCUCUCCGUAUUUUUGUGGUGCCAAUCACGAUACUGAGGUUGGUGAGCUUGGGCAAUGUGAUGCCGGACAACAUCUCAUUCACAUAUACCCUUCCGGAGAUCUUCACGCAGCUGGAAAUGCACUGCAACCUGAUCGCAACGACUCUGCCAUGUCUGAGACUGUUCUUGACAGCAUGGAAUACGAACUUUAUGAACCUGAACUUGGAGGAGAUGGAUCCACAGGCAUACAAAGAGCAUGUGACCUCUCACACACAAAGCUACGAACUGUCAUCCCAGAUCAACGGCAACAGCAAAGGAGGAUCCAGAUUAGGGCACAAACAGAACUCAAACAAGCACGGAUGGGCAAAUCGAUCACAAGGGAGAAAUACAACAAUGGUGGAACGAGCCGAGCGAGACGAAGAUGCAGCUAGCGACAACUCAACACAAGCAAUUGUGAUCAAGCAGACUAUCGCCAUAGAUAGGGAAUGA